AUGGUUUAUGUUUUCUUCUCUAUUAUUUUCUACACUUCGAUUGCCAGUAUAUUUCCGUCUUCCGCGCAAGUUUUUAGAGAUGAACGACCAUUACUGAUACAAUUAACGGGCCAGUUAUAUAUUUUUAGUUGCCAUGUGUUUUACAUUGUUAACAUUAUCACUGGGAUACUUAGAAGAAAGAAAGUGAGACGUUUUACGUUACAAAUAGAAACUUGCAUUCGAACUAUGAAUCAACUUAAUAUCCCGAUGAAUUUGUCUAAAUGUUUUUUGCAACAAUGUUAUCUAAUAUUAUUCUUGGUUUUCAUAAUUAUAAUUAUGAUAGUAUUUGAUUAUCAAUGGUUAAUAUUGGUCAGGACAAAAUACUGGAUAUUAGUUUUCUUUUACGUCGAACGUUAUCCCUAUAUCGCCUGGUUAUUAAUCGAUUUUACUUUUGUAUUCUGGAUCAGAUGUAUAAAGAUAAAAUUUAGUCAAUUGAAUGAAUUAUUGAGAAGUAUGCUUACGACUACUAUCGAUUCACCUCAACAUAAAAGAGUCCUUCGAAUGAGGAAGAAUGAUUCUCCGGAAAUACAUCUGGAAUUAAUUAAAUGUGCUAGGAAUACAAACGAUGCUUAUAACUUACAUAUUUUAAUGAGUACCAUUCGAAACCCACAUCAUUCUAUAUUUACUUUUAUUGGAUUUAUUACUUUGGAUUGA